AUUGACUUUUGCUGCCCUUUUUUCACCUAUGGGAUCAGUUAUAAUUCUUAACAAGACAUAUCCAGAUUUACUUAUCGGCCUUGACUCAUUCUUUCAAAUAAUCCAUAACACUUGGUUCUUCAACCUGAAAUCUGCCAAAAUCAACACCAUCAUCACUUCCGACAAAACAGAAUGAUUGGAUACAAUCUUUUGAUUAGCUUUCUAGGAAUAUAUUCAGUCCUUGGAGCGUCUUAUUCCCCCACUUUGGAUAUCAGCAACACGAAUCAACUAGUCAAUGCCGCAACUUCAGCCCUCAAGAAUCUCUUGACCUAUUACAGCGGCUCUGAUGGCUCGUUUGAUCAAGCUGAUACUCCGUGGCAUGAGUCAGGCAUGAUUUGGGGCAUGUUCAUGGACUAUGCACAAUACACAGGAGAUACCCAGUUUUCCGGUCUGGUCACAAGUGCUCUUGUUAAUUCAUCAUUCAAAACUGCCCACGACUUCCUCGGAGGUAAUCAGGGUCAGGUCGUUGAACAAUUCCUCGGGCGAUGGAAUGAUGACGUCUUAUGGCCAAAUCUCGCCGUGAUCGCUGGAGCUGAACUUUUCGGACCGAAAGCGCAAAUGGCGGGUGGAAACGGAGAUUGGAUCAGUCUAGCCACUAAAACUUAUGAUCAGGUGUGGGCUCAGGCUGAUUACAAGUGUGGAGGUGGAAUAUAUUGGUCAAGGAACCGGCAAUCCAAGGGUGGAAAUUACAAGUCUUUCAUCACUCAAGUGGAAUUCAUCUCUCAAGGCGCUCGAAAUUUUAUUCAAACAAAGAACGCCACGGCUUUUGAGCAAUCGAAAAUUAUUCUUGAUUGGACAACAACCUCAGGCAUCGCGAACCAGCAAAGUGGUGUUAUUUGGGAUGGUGUCGAAGCUGACGCCUGCGGAAAGUUUUCAACGUCUUUGUGGUCUUACAACUACGGACAAAUGCUUGGUUCUCUAGCGUGGAUGUACAAAGCAACUGGCGAAAAGAAAUACCUAGACAUGGCCACCCCAUACUUCGAUUAUGGCGCCCGUACUUUUGCUGGUUCAAACACAUCGGGAAUUAUUACUGAACAAUGCGAGGCCGACAAGACCUGCAACCGAGAUCAACAGGGAUUCAAAGCCGUUUACGCCCGCAACUUAGCAUACCUCUAUCGGAUUACCAACAAUCAAACCAUGAAAGCGCAGAUUCAGAAUAUGAUUGAUACCUCUGUCAAAGCUAUGGUUGAUAAAUCAUGUGACCAAGCCUGGAACUGCGGUGGAAAUUGGACACAAGAUACCCAACCCAUCAAAUAUGUGCGAUCCCAGCACGUGAGUGCUGCUCUUCUCGUUGCUGCCAUUGGGGUUCACGGAAAUCAGACAAAUGCUGUUUUUUCGAAUCAAGCCUCUACCUUCAACUCUACCGGAUCUGGAAGGGCUGCUGUUCAAAAUGCAAAAUCAGCGGCUCAAGCAGUAGUUUUUUCUUCUUGCAAGUGGAUCUUACCUCAAAGCCUCUUAGUUAUACUCCUAUCUCAAUGCAUUUUUUCGGCCUAAGGAUGACUCCUUUCAUUUGAACAAUCUCCAAUGUCUGUCCAUCAGAAUUGACAAAUUUGAAUAUUUCUUUUAUUUCUUCCUUUAUUAAUUUGAUGAAGAUAGUAAUUUGUGUAAAUUUUUCUUAUUUGGAAUCAAAUAAUAUCCGUU